AAAGACUCGUGUAGGAUAGACAUAAACAUCAAUUUUUCCCCCACUUGACAAAAGUGAUUGAGACAAACAUCAUGUUGCGUCCAUUGGAUAAUUUUAUCACAUCAAAGUCAAGUAAAGCUCCAAUGAAAAGUUAGUCCAAAUCACAAGCCGUCUUGGUAUCUUUUCUGCCAUUGGAAAAGUAGCAUCAUGCAGUAAUGAAAUUCUUCCAAGUAUUUUGGAACAGUCCAAUCGGUCCCAAAACAACUCAUUUUUGGGGUCCUGUUCUCAACUGGAGCAUCCCUAUUGCAGCAUUUAUGGACACAAAGAAACCCCCGGAAUUGAUAUCUGGCAAUAUGACUGCAGUAAUGUGUGGUUAUUCUGCUUUGUUCAUGAGAUUUGCUUGGGUGGUAAAACCUAGAAACUUGCAUCUUCUUGUAUGUCAUGUCUGCAACGAGACAGUACAGCUCUAUCAGCUUUCGCGCUGGAUGAAAGCUAGAGGACCUUUGCUUCAAGAGAGAGAAGAAGAAGAAGCUAAAGAACAGUGAUUCAUAUAUAGAUUUAUCUACUACCCUUUUCAAUUUGUUGUGAUAAUGUAACAAUAUUGCUUCAAGAUCAUUGUAAUUUCAUUAAAAUACUGGUAAUAUGUUCAUCAAGAUUUCCUUUUGUCUCA